AUGGUUGGAAAAAUUGAAAAUAGAAAUUUAUUAGCACAUUCAAAUUCUAUACAUACAAAAGAUAAUGACAAUACAAUAAAUUCAUCUCCUAUCUCUUUUAAAAAAAUGAGUGAAAUUUUUGAUAAUCAUAAUGAAAAGAGGAAUAAAAAAAAGUCUAGUCAAAAUUUAGAUUCAAAUAUUAAAGAAUAUAAUGAUAAUGCUUUACAACAUAGACGUAGUACUAAACUUGAUAAUGGAAUUAACAAAUUACAUGAAAAUAAGAAAGGUUCUGAAAUAUCUGAAAAAACAUAUUAUUAUAAAGAAAAUAGUUUAAAUAAUGAACCAGAUAAUAAAUUAAAAAAUAAUAAAGAGAUAGAAAAAAAAAAUAAUUCUUCAAAUUUAGAUACACAAAAUGGACUUUUAGAUAUAUCAACAUCUAUAUUUAGUGCAAUCACUAAAAGAUUAACAGAAAUGAAAAAGAAUGAAAAGAAAAUUGAUACAAAUUCUGAAAAUUUUGUUAACGAAAAUAUGCCAAGAAAAAAAACUAUUUUAAAGGAUGGAAACAGUGCAUCUAGUAAUAAUAAUAUAUCUGAAAAAUAUAAUACAUAUGAAACAGAUGCAUAUUUAAUAAAUGAUGAAGAACCCACAAAAAUUAGACAGCAAAAUUCUGUAACAUUUGAUAACAAUUCCUAUAAUCCACAAUAUGAGGAAAAUUUAAUUUUUAUUAACAAUGCAUAUAAUGGUGGCACCCCAUAUAAUGAUGCCAACCAAUACAGUAUGCAAAACAAUUUGAAAUAUAUACCAAAUCAAACUGAUACAUAUAUAAAUACAUCUGAAAUUUCUGGAACAUAUAAUAUUCCAAUAGAUCUAUAUAAUAACAUUGAUCAUAUGCCUACAAAUGUAAAUAACCCUUAUAAUAAUAUGCAAUUUGCUACACAUGCAAUAAUACAGUCAGAUGUAAAACCAUCAACACAUUUAAUAGUUCCUCAACAAAAUAUACAGCCAACUUUUUUAGUUUCUAACAAUAAUAUGAAUUAUGAUACACAAAAUCAGCGUAUAUUCCAAACCCAAAAUAAAAUUAAUAUUGGCAAUGAAACACCAAAUUGUUUAUAUGCAAAUACAAACCAUGUAGUUAACCCAGGAAUAGUACAUAAAAUACAAUAUGAAAGUAAUCAUUUAAAAAAUAAUUCUAAAAAAAUGAAUAGAGUAACAAUAAAUGAAAAAACCGAAUUUUAUAAUUUUCCAAAAAAAGAACCCAAAAAAAAAAGUCUAUUAUGUAAUAUUUCAGAAAAAAAUGAUAAAAAAAAUGUGAACCCUGAAUUAAAGGCAGAAAUAUUAAUAUAUAAAAAUACAUUAUCAAACCCUCCAAAAAAUAUAAAAAAUGGUACAUAUAAUAUUCCAAUAAAAAAUAAUGUAUUUAUUCGAACUCGAUCUUUAACACCUCAUACAUAUUAUUCUAAAAAUAUAAAAAAUGUUUCUCCUUUGAAGAAUAUAAAUAUCCAAAAAAAGGUUCCAAAAAAUAUAAAACAAAAAAUUAUGCACCCUAGCCCUAUUUGCACACAUGAAGUAACUUAUACAUGUCCUAUACAAAAUAAUACAAAUUUUGAAAAAAAAAAUGAUAAUAUUCCUAUUAAUAAAUUAGUAGAAUAUUGUGAUAAUAAAAGUGAAUUAAAUAAAUGUUCUACUGAAGCUUCUAGUAUAGAAUCUAUUGAUUAUGAAAAAUCAGAUAAACAAAUAAAAAAUUUGAAUCAAAAAAUAAAAAAUUUACAGAACAAGGUUUCUGAACUUACCAAAACAAACAAAAAUCUUAAUGAGCUUUCUCAAAUGUACAAAAAUGAAUGCAACAGAAUGCGUGAAACGGUUGGUACAUACGCCAUAGACAAAAAUUAUAUUUCACCGAAAAAAAUAAUAAAUUAUGAAAAGGAAAAUUUAAAACUUGAAAAAGAAAAUGAAAAAUUAAGAGAACAAAUAAAAGUAUUAGGUAAAGCUAUUUUGUCAACUCAUGAUAUAGCUGGAGUUAAAAAAGUAUUAGCUAAACAAAUAAUUAGUUUAAAUGAUGAAAAUGAAAAAUUUAAAAAGGAAAUUAAAGAAUUGAAAAAAAAAGAAAACAUAAAUAAUCAAGUAAUGUUUAAUAUUAAUAAAUCAGAAGUUUCUGUUGAUGCAGUUGAUAGUAUUUUUCUACAAACCAAAAAUGUUAUUAUCGAGGUACACCAAUCAAUAAAUGUAUUUUAUUUGAAUUUGAGAAAUCUGAUAGAUGAAUUUUUUGAGAAAAUAAAAUUUCUCAUUGUAGAGGAUGAAUAUACGAAAAAAGAAAAGCUUCUUUAUGUCACAAGUCUGGAAGAAAUAAUCAAUGAGAAUUUAACCGAGAUCAAUGGAAUUGUUGUAAAAGUAAACGAACUCAGAAAGCGAAUGAAAGAUGUUAAGGCGCAUGUUUUAGACACAAAUCGAAAAAAUCCUUUAUGUUUAUGCAAACCAACACGAGAUAUUUUAGAAGAUGAUAUUAAUCAUUUGGAGAAAGAAUUGCAUAAACAUUCAUUGAUAAUAAAAAAUUUGAGAAAAAAAAAUUUAUUUUUAUGCCUAAAUGAUCUACAGUCACAAUUUAAUCAGGUAGAACAAGUUGAAACCCUCAAUGAUGAAGCCAAUAUAAAUAGUGAACAGAAUUUCCCACAUAAUGUGGAUAAGACGAAAGAAAUAAACAAUGUUUGUCAAGUAGCCAAUAAAAAAUCAUCUAAUAAAAAAAAUGAAGAAGAUAAUUCAGGAUUACAGGAGAAGAUAAAAAAAAUUGAGGACCAAUUAAAUACCCUAAGCAAUCACAUAAAUUACAACUCUUGUGACGAAGAUGAUAAUGAGAGUGAAGAAGAGGGAAGCUUUCUGAAAAAUAGAAAGUUUUUGGUAGAGAAAUUAACGAAGAAGACUAAAAAGGGGGCCAGACAUUUGAACAAACCUCGUGAUACAAGCAUUAAUAAAAAAAAUAAAAAAAAUAAAAAAUAUUUUAAAAAAGAAUAUGAAGAGGAAGAUGAUAGCGAUUUUUAUGAGGGAUCUAAAGAAAAUUCUCAGGAUAUAGAUAGUUCAUCUAAUUUGUCAAAAUCUGAAGAUAGCGAAACAGACAAUACCUUAUCUAAUAAAAAGCAAUGGAUGAGUGACGAGGAAGUGGAAAAAAGCAAAAACAAAAUGAUUGAACUACUAGCUCUCUUGAAAGGAAAACAUAAUGAAGACCUCGUUGAAAAUACAGAAAAUUAUGUCAAGUCGUUUGGAAAACAUAAAUCAGAAAAUGAAUAUAACAUACAAAGCAUAUAUAACAAUUUGAAGGCCAUAAAAAAUACUAUUAAAAACACUGAUGAUGAUACAGAAAAUAAUAUUUUGGCCUUGAUUGAAUCUCAAGCUGCCGAAAUAAAAAUUUUUGGAAAUUGUAUUGACAAUUUGAAGAAUACAGUAACUUCAUAA